GCGUGCCUCUCAGACAAGACCAUCACCCCGUCUCUCGAAAACAACGCGAGCGAUACUUAUUGCUACUUUCUCUCGUCGAUAUGUCUACAGCUAUGGCGGCGUUCAAGCAGGCGGACAACCGCAACCCCGAUCUGCACGACAUGUACAUCUACAACGAUUUCUACGCGUAUGCGGUGAUAGAUAUUAUUGAUAGGCGUCUUGGUACGCUCCACACUCGCAUCACGAAGAAGGACUGGCCCAAUGCGAUGGCGCACCUCGAGGCGCUCACCCAGUUCAUGGAGAUGGAGAAUAUAUGGGGCAUGGCCGACGACGGAGAGCAUGUAGACCUGAUGGUCCGCGCGUACGGCGCGUGCCUCGUCGCCACCCUUCGCGCGCUGAAGAAGAACGGCGAGCUCACGCCCGAGAGGUACCCCUCGCUGGAGUACUUGCUCAAGGCUGCGACGAGCCUUUGCCAGGCGACGCAGGGGAUCAACGCGGGCUCGGCAUUCGACCGGGUCUGCCAGGGCAUUGGCAAACGGCUCUUUGAUAAUACCCCGCGCGCCGAGGCCCGCGCUCUGCAUGAGGCGCGUCACAAGGCGUGGCUCAUGACGCUCCCCGAAGAAGAUCGUAAGGGUUUCAGCGAAGGAGAUGACGACGACGAUGAUGAUGAUGAAGAGGAAGACGACAAACCUUGGUGGCACGGCGGAAAAGAACUGGCAGAGGACAAGAAGGACGGGGACUUCGCACUGGCGCGCGUGUGGAAGGAGUACAAGGAUUAUCUCUCCGAGACCCAGACAGUGCCUCUGCGUGGGCCACCCAUCUGGGAUCUUGACAAGUGGAGCGCGGCCGACAAGGCGGCGUUCAGCUUCGACGCCAUGUCGGACGAUUGAGACAUAGUAGGCCGCGAGUACUGAGGCUGGCUGCACCUGUUGCAUGUCAAGCCUUGGUGGUCGUUGCCAAUCCAAGACCGCACAACUCACUGAUGUACUACCAACAACCUUGGAGAGCCCGUAUAUACUUACCCCAGCUAACUAAUAUUGACUAACUGUACUUUCGUGCAUGGCUUAAGUACCGGCCGUCUAUCUCGACGACUACGUUGUACAAGCUUCGGCGCCAAGCAGCCCAGGAGCUACAGCAUAUGUUCGAAAAACAAUAAU